AUGCAUAUCACCAUUGUAAAGAGGAUAUUCCUCAUCACAAGCUUACUGUUUCUUACGCUUUGUCACAAUGGCGCUGCUGCAAGAACUCAAAGCAAUCCUUACAAAAUCCUUGGCGUCGCGGCAUCUUCCAACCAAGAUGAAAUCCAAAAGCAAUAUCGAAAGAAAUGCCUUCAGUAUCAUCCCGAUAAGAACGUGAACAAGAGCAAGAAGGAACGGGACAAGUGCGAAGAAAUGUUCAAGACCAUUCAAAGCGCCUAUAAUUUGAUUGGAUCACCGGAAGCCAAACGGAAAUAUGACAUGUUUGGGGAUCGCGGGACACCAUUUGCAUCAGCAUCCUCAGCGCAAUCAGCACAGUCCUAUGCUUCGAGCAAUGGCUACACUUCAUCGGCUCCCUAUGGAACAGAUCCAGUGGCACAGGCAUUCUUUCGAGCCUUUCAGUCGGCUGGUGCUGGUGGACCUAAAUUCUAUUACUCCAAUGGUCGCUUUGGAAUGCAAUCUCCCUUUCAAGACAACGCUAAUAGUGCCUUUUCCACUGCUACACAGGCGGGCAUGUCUUUCAAGUCCAUUUACAAACAACAAAUCAAAAUUCCAUUGGAAGACUUGUACGAAGGCGUCAAUAACUUUCAAUUCAAACUAGUGGAUAAUCUGUGGACCCGAGUCCGGGCGGCGAUUCGAGGAAAAGUCAUGCUCAUCAGUUUCUACCAAGGAUUGAUCUACUCGCUCCCCAUUCUACGAGCCUCCAGAUUCUUGGCAUUUUGCGCCUGGCUCGUCAUUGUCCAUGCAACCCUGCCCAAACCAGACCCAUCCAAAGUCUAUCAAUCCGAUUUGAGACCAGGUCUCAAAGGCGGGGAAGCCCGGGUCAAGUUUGCAUCCACCAGUUUCAUGACGCCCGAAAUCAUUUUUGAGAUUCACGAACGACCGCACAAGCAGUACACACGUAUUGACAAUGAUUUGCACACACAGCUCACAAUCACUCCAGCCGAGGCCAAAAAGGGUUGCCUCAAAAAGAUUUCCUCCAUUGACGGAAAGUCUACCAUUGAAGUGGAAAUCAAACCCAACAAGAUGGAAGAUGGUGAAGAGAUUCGCAUUGUGGGCAAGGGCUGGCCCAUCAAGAAUCAUUCUAAUAAUUCUCAAAAUAGUAAUAGGGGUGAUGAUGGCUACUUGUACGGAGACAUGGUCGUCAAAGUACUGGUCCGAAAACGAGCCAGGCGAAAAAAGAAGUACCCACAAUCGAAGCAUCAACAAAAGGACUAA